GCCUGCCCAAAGCAUGGGCUCUCAUACCCUCAGCAGCAAACUUUGGAAACUGUCACUGUCCCCGUGGGACAGAGGCAUGCCCAGGGAAAGAUCCGCGCAGGGCACUCGGUGCCCACGGGGAGCCCACACCUCCUGCUUGCAAAGCUUCGCCCGACCUCUGACCAGCAACUAAAGCAGGUCCUUCCAAGCAGGGCCUCAUCUCUCCUUGACCUAGAGCGGAGUGGGGAGAGCAGGUCAGGGACCUCUGGAGGUUCAGCCUUGAGGUGGUGCUGCAGACACAACAAGAGGUGAGGAUCCCUGGGGCAGGGGCGGGGCCAAGUGGGUGAUAUCUAGUCCCGAGACCAGAGCCUCCCCCACACGCUCUCCCCAUGGACCGCACAGUGGUGCUCAUCACCGGCUGCUCCUCGGGCAUCGGCCUGCACCUGGCCCUGCGUCUGGCGGCAGACCCUUCCCGGAGCUUCAAAGUGUAUGCCACUUUACGGGACCUGAGCACGCAGGGCCCGCUGUGGGAGGCCGCCGGGUCCCAAGGGUGCCCGCCCGGCUCCCUGAAGACGUUGCAGCUGGACGUGCAGGACGCAGAUUCCGUGGCUGCUGCCAGGGCACGUGUGACUGAGGGCCGCGUGGACGUGCUGGUGUGCAACGCGGGCCGGGGCCUGCACGGGCCCAUCGAGGUGCACUCGGCGGAGGCCGUGGGCUCUGUGCUGGACGUGAACUUGGUCGGGAUGGUGCAGAUGCUUCAGGCCUUCCUGCCGGACAUGAAGCGCCGCCGCUCAGGACGCAUAUUAGUGACUGGGAGCAUGGGAGGCCUGAUGGGGCUGCCCUUCAACGCUGUUUACUGUGCCAGCAAGUUCGCCAUCGAGGGUUUAUGCGAGAGUCUGGCGGUGCUGCUGCCCCCUUUCGGGAUCCAUGUGAGCCUCAUCGAGUGCGGCCCGGUGCGCACCGCCUUCCAGGGGAAAGUCCAGGACGGCCUCGACGCGGCGCUGGACAGUGCAGAUGCCCAAACCCGAGACCUUUUCUCCCAAUACCAGCGCCACUUCGAGCAGGUCUUCCGCGAAGCGGCGCAGGACCCAGAGGAGGUGACAGAGGUCUUCCUCGCCGCGCUGCGCGCCCCGCAGCCAGCCCUGCGCUACUUCGCUUCCGAGCGCAUCCUGCCCCUGGUGCGGCUGCGCCUCGCCGACCCCAGCGGCUGCAGCUAUGUGGCUGCCAUGCACCGCGCAGUGUUCGGCGACAAGCCCGCCGAGGGUCCGGAAGGCGCUCAGGCGGAGGCUGGAGCCGGAGAACCAGGCGGCCCUGAGUUCAGCGCGUCUCCAGCUGCCCCGAAAUAAAGGCCUGGUCCCCACGGU